AGGUGGGAGUAUGUUCAGCAACCGUCUGUGAAGACCUUUCCAACUGGACACAUCACCUUGAUUGAAAAAAUUGUCAUAGAAGUAACCCAACCUUAAAAUUGUUUAAUGAUUGAUUUUUAUACUAGUAAGUUCAAGCCCUUUUUUAUCCCUUUGUAGGUCUUUGAAUUUUUAGUCAAUAUAACAUUAUAAUAUGCCAAACAUGCAGUCGGAAAACUUUUCUAUCAUACACGGAUAUGAUGGAAGGUCUUUUCAACGACAUUAUGUAAAUCAGGACUUCGGAAAUAGUAUUUUCUUUUCAAAAACUCACAAGUACAGAUUACAAUGUUACUACGUUGAACCAGGUGCUUUAAUCAAUAAGUUCAAUGUGUCGUGUUAUUGGAAGUUGCAUAGGUAUCUUCGGCGGGACCAUUGGCUUGCUAGCUGGUUGAGAAGAGAAAUCCAAGCUUUAAUUCAGGAGGAAAAUGUUGAGAUUAUAGUGCAUCACAUUGUUGGUGUGGUAGACUCAUUGAAAAGAAAAGAGCAUAAAUCUUCAGGAAAUACACCAGAAGCAAAACAAGAAGAGUUCAAGACAUUGGUCUCUCAGGCGGCCAGGCCUUUCCUAACAGGUCGGACAGAUAGAUUUGUAAUCGAGUUGGAACUGUUUCUCGCUUCAGGAUUGAAUAUUGAAGCCUAUGAUCGAGUUUAUAUUCAACAUUUGGGCUGGAAAAUUCCUGAAAUAACUGGUGAGGAUGAAGCAGGAGAAUUUCAUGCACACGAACCAUCAGUUCCAUCCUUGUAUUUCUUUGACGAGGACUCCAAUGGGAAUGAAUGAACUGUGUCUUGUCAUAAGUCGAGUGCUUUAUUUUUAUUUUAGCUUGCCUAUAAUUGUGGUCUUCUCCAUUAAAAUGGAGAAUUGGAUAUAAAAUGGAGGCAUAUCAAUGAAAAUAAGCAAGUUGCAGUGCCCAUAACAACGUAACAUGAGCUUGUCAAGACAGCUUGUGCUGAAUUCCAU